UUUGUUUUUGGGGAUUUUUAAGCUUAUGCUGAUUUUUAUUGAAAAUUUUUAUUUUAGGGAUAUUGAUUCUCCUAGAAAAAUAUUUAAAAAAAAUUUGCUUACAAAAAUGGAUUUACCACCCUCAAAAUUGGCGAGUACCGCAUCACGUGUUUGGGACGAGAGCACUAGUCACUUUCACAAAACUGAUAUAAAUAUUGAUCUCGGACUUCAUGGACUUUCAGAUAACAAAAAUGGGAAUGAAAAUUCACCCAAUAAACCGACGUCGUCUUCUGGCAUUUCUUCUGGAUAUGUUUUUGGUUCGAGGCUUUUUGAACGAGCGGCGCAAAAGGAAGACUCAGCUGGUUCAACUUCAAGUUCUUCAGAAAAUUCUAAAACAACUCCUGAUGUCUCUUCUAUUUUUCGACGGGUUGGUCAAAAGAUGUCGAGUUCUAACAAUGCAAAUGGAACAAAUAUGACAAAUGGAGGCAAUGGAGAAGCUCCUGAUUCUUCCUCUUCUAUCGAUAAAUUAAAAGAAUCCGCUGAAGAAUUUGCUCAUAAAAAUGCGUCUGUUAUGGUUUCGGAUGAUGGAGAACAUCUUUUGGUGGUGACUGGAGAAGAGGAGGAACAACAACUUUUAAAGAUUGAUUGCAAAUUUUAUCAUUACAAUUCUGAAACUAAACAAUGGCAGGAACGUGGUAUGGGCACUCUUCGAUUAAAUCAACAUAUCGGGUCUAAAGAUGAUAUUCGAUUAAUUGGCCGACAAUCAGGCUCUCAACGCGUUUUAAUCAAUUCAAAAAUCUUCCCUGAAAUGUUGUUACAAGAAUUGUCAGAAAAGAGAAUACAAAUUUCUGCUCAUACUGGGGAUGUUGAUUUGCCUCCGCAAUUGUUUAUAAUUCAGGCUUCUCCAUCUUCAAUAAUCAAUCUUCGAAUGUUGCUGCAAAAAUAUAUUGAAGCAAGCAAUCAUUCCAAAAAUAGGAGUAGCUGCUUGCAACAACGUAAACGACGACUUGAAGAGGAUAGUAAAACAAGUGGAGGAGAUAAUAAACAAAAAAGUGGGGAAGAAAGCGAUGAUGAUGAAUCAACAAUCUCUGCUGACAAGGGAACAAAAAAAUUUGUGAAAGAAAAAUCCCCCGUAAAUAAGGGUAUUUAA